GUGUGUCAAUGCGUGUGUGUGGUGCUGCAAAGUGGAUUAUUAGAAUGCUUUAUAAAUAAAUAUAAAUAUAAAUAUAUUAGAGAUCAGUCUGAGUCGCGGAAUCUGCGGUAGUGUUGUUAAAGUGUGGCUGUUGGAGGUGUUUAGAUGGGAUUGGUGUGAGCAGCUAGCGGUGGUUACAGCCUGUCUGUGUUUAAGACGGAAAUCUCAUAAAUAUAGUUAUUAUUUUUUACUUUUUUUAGGUUUAAAGAGUUUAUUUUAUAAUCAUUGGUGGAUAUGACUGCGGAAUUACUGUCUGAUUUGGACAGUCGGUUUUUUGCGGAUAAUCUCCUGACAAGUGAAGACUGGGAUGCCUGUCUGUAUCAGUGUGAGAGUAUGGAGGAGGGUGAAGACAGACUGAAAUAUGACACACUGCUUCACAAUGACCUCGUGCUGACCCUUGACCCAGACAACCCCAUGGCACCAUGGAAACACCUGGAGAACAAACUGCUCGAAGGUGACAUGUCUGUUAUGAAAGACGAGAUGGCGAUAGCACAGCCUCUGCCCGUGGACAUGUUGUUCCAAGUCAAGGCAGAGCCUCCAUCUCCUUCGUCCUCUCCGACCUCAGACAGCUCUGUACUGUCCUUACCUGAAGCUCAGUUUCAGGUGAAAGGUGAGAACCCUCCCACGCCCCCCUACAUGUAUGGAGAUGUUCUCUCACCCCCGGUGGGUGCCUUGGAGGUUACUGUGGCAACCACAGCCCCGCCCCCUCACCAAGCUCCACCCACACUUCCUGUUCCCACAGUAGCACAGACCACAGUGAACGCUGGCUCCAUUCUGAGCAGUAAGCCUGUGCUACAGCCGAGGCCGAUGUGUGUGGCCGCUAAAACUCUGAUCCUGCAGGGAACACAACCAGUGGUUCUGUCCCCGUCGGUGUGUUUGGGCUCUGCUCCGGCCAUCGUUAAAAUGGAGCCCGUGUCUCCCAGCAUGCACUGCACCAGCCCUACAGCCCCGCCUACCACCAAGCCCAUCAUCCCAGCAUCUUCUCUGCCUGGCAGCAACUGCAGCGACAUUGAUAUGAAGGUACUGAAGCGUCAGCAGAGGAUGAUAAAGAACCGCGAGUCUGCGUGUCAGAGCAGGAAGAAGAAGAAGGAGUACGUACAGAACCUGGAGGCUCAGCUGAGAGAGGCACAGCAGGAGAACGAACGUCUGCGCCGAGAGAACCACGCCCUGCGAAUCAGACUCGCCAGCAAAGAGGUUACUGAAUCAGGCACUAAUAAGCGAGCGGUGUGUGCGAUGGUGCUGCUGCUCUUCAUCACCUUCAGCUUCGCACCUGUCAGCAUCACGGACAGGAAGUUUCCGUCUGCGCUGGAGGAUGGGGAGGAGCUUCAUACGGGGAGACGCCUGCUGGUGUACGAGACCGCUCAGGAGCCGGGCCGGGUGGUGAGCGACAGAGCGGCGGAGGACAGGCUGGACAGUGAGGAGGACACGGGAGAGGACAGGUGGAGGAGAGGAGCGGUGGAGAGGGAUAACGCCGAUUCCUUUCACUUCAGGAACGUGAGCAGUGUGUUCAGCGAGGUGAAGGAUCUCGUCUUACAGGACAUCGACCAGCUCUUCUCCUCCUCCGACUGCAGACAGUUCAAUCGCUCCGAGUCACUCAGGGUGGCUGAUGAGCUGCGUGGUUGGGUUCGUCGCCAUCAGAUCAACAGGAAGAAGACAAACCGCAAACCCAAGAUCGCACAGAAGGCAAAAAUAGCACAGCAGAAAGCUCAACACAGGAAGACAAACUUCUCACGCUACCUCCCCAUCGAAACUCACCGCUCCAUCGAGAGUCAGCUGCAGCUCUUACCCGGCCCUGAGGUGAGCUACAGCGACUUCCUGGAUGCCAUAGAUCGGCGUGAAGACACGUUUUAUGUCGUCUCCUUCAGACGGGAUCAUCUGCUCCUUCCUGCGAUCAGUCACAACAAAACCACACGACCCAAAAUGUCCCUCGUCAUGCCUGCCAUGGCCAUCAACGAGUCGGUGUAUAAAUCCUCUCAGGGUGGAUACGAGCUGAUGAUGCAGGUGGACUGUGAAGUCAUGGACACCAGAAUAAUCCCAAUCAAAUCCUCCGUGGUCCCGCCCUCUCUCAGAAACAAGCCCCCAAACCCGCCUUCGCACCCCCAUCACCACGGCAACCACACCCGGCCACCGCACGGGAGUGGGGCUUCGGCAAGCAGGCAGCCCCUCCCUGUCAGGAGGAGGGGGGCGGAGUUUCUGAUCACACAGUCGGGAUCGUAAUGAAACAGAAAAAAGGGGAAAUGUUCACACACACACACACACACACACACACACACACACACACACACAAUGUAGAGAUUAUUAAAUCCCAGAAUUCAUCACCCAAAUCCCGCAUUUCCAGUUAAAAUGUAACCCUGUGAUUGUCUGAAUCUCGUGGAGCUGGAGAUAAAGAAACGUAAAGAUGUUGUACAAGCUCUAAAGUUACGUUUGUUUCUAUGGUAACACAGACGGUAUAGUUUUUGCAAGAUUUGUCCACAGGGUUCUGCUGUAGCAAUAACUGAUUUCCACUGGGUGAUUAUUUAAAGUCUCCCCAAACUCCCAGAUUCCGCAGUACAGGUCCCCAAAACUUCUAGAAUUCCAUCAUAGGGCUCACCACAAUCCCACAAUCCCCCUGUACAGCGUUGGGAGUUUUGUGAAGCAGACUGGGGCAUUUUUGGAGUUUGAUAAGCUGUACAGGUCUCUGAACUCCCAGAAUUCCCAUGUAUGGGUAGCUUAAAUCAGAAUUCUGAUAUACUGUAAUUAUGCUGUAUGGGUCAACAUGUUCCCAGAAUUCCCCUGUACAUGUAACCAAAGCCCUGUUCUCAGUAUGGGUCAGUAAACUCUCAAAAUUCCUUUAUAUGGGCCUCCAAAUUCCCAGAAUUCCCAUGAGAGACGAAAGGUUAGAGUGUUCUGUAUAUUUGUGUCUUUAUUUUUUUACUUGCUACCUGAUGCCAGUCAUCGCUGUUGUUUUUGUUGUUUAUUGUUUUAAUUAUGUACGUGUUUCUGAUUUGAGACUCAUACUGUGCUUUUAUUUAAACGAGAAGCUUGUGAUGGAUAAAAAUAUCAGUUACUGUCAGGAACGAAACCCGGAAGUUCAGAAUCGUAUCCCAAAUACUCGAGUGUGUUUGUUAGAAUCCAUUCUGAUGUCACAAAGUCACGAUGCUUUAAAUGCUGAGAAUAACACCGUGAUAAGCACCCAGAUGUAAAAUAACCACUAUUACAACCGAUUCUGCGAGCGCUAGAAUUUGUGGGCGGAGCCUGAAUCCUAAACCGAGCACACAGGAUGUGACCGUUUUUAUAAAUUCUGACCCGGACAGCGCCUCGUGGUGGGAAAGCUAAAAGCUGCAACUGUUGUAGAGACGCACUGACGCAAUGUCUGCAAUUGUAAUAUAGUGUAUAUUUAAAAUCCGUUUUUAUUCGAUGAUUGUAGCGGCGUAAAACUUCGAGACUUUAUUACUCUGUUCACGUCUAAAGGGAGCUUUAUACACGUUUGUAUGUUUGAUAUUUAGACGCAGCCACUGUAGAUUACAGUUACGACAUCAUCGCUUGUAAAGAACUGUAGAUUGUGAUCAUGUGCACUUCUUCACUCGUACUUUUUGUCACGUUUGCUUUCUAAAAAUAUAUUGGGGGGUGGGGGGGGGGGGUUGGUGUUCCGGGGUCUUUUUGUUUUGUUUUUUUUACCGAAUUAUUUCCUUCAUCCAACCCGUACCACCUCAUUAAAAUACCUUCAGAAAAAGUACUUUGUGGUUCUCAUGAGAUAUCGGUACAGAAGGAGCCCUGAAGCAGAAACAGACGUUGUGACGACAUUUAUCCUAUAUCAGAUUGCCCAGCGCUUAUAUAUAUAUAUAUAUAUA